AUGGUCUUCUUCUCCAAGAUCAAAGAUAGUGAAGAAAAUAUGCACAAGGUCGCAAUUCGCAUUCAAAUAUUCGAUCCUUGGCUCUUUACAAAACAACUGCCCAUGGAAAGCACAAAAAUACGAAUCAACGCUGCUCAAAAAUUCAAAACUGCCAAAAAGAGCGCCUCGGCCAGCUCGUCCAAUUCCAAGAAAUGCCUCGACACACGAAUUAUCGGCUUGACUUACUACGACCUCAAGCCGGAAAACAUUUUGAUCUUCAACUUGGGCGAUGGAUCCUUUAGCGUCAGAAUCAUCGACUUCGGCCUCGCUGUCGACGUUUCCAACAAGGAAGGCUACAGGAGAAUGGGAUAUGUUCGGCGAGGUAGCCGAUUUCAGGACGCAAAAGCACUCCAGGCGGGAACUCCAGGCUUCUGCCAUGGCGAGCAAAUUCACGGCUUCGAGAAUUGCCUUGGUCCACUGACGACUCUUUCCACUUUGAUUUUCUCCGAUUACCACUCUGCCUUCUACCUGCUUUUCAAACCCAUCGGAGAGGAUGAUCGAGGCAAAGCGCUAAAAGCAAGAAUAGAUGAAAUGGCCAAAAGUGUCAAUGCAAUCAUUGACAACUCUGACUGCUUUAUCAAGCAAAUUCGCAGCUUUACAGCCUACCCAACUGUUGAAAUUACGAGGCGAUUGACGGGGAUCAUGGACGAAGAAAACGAAUUCACUGUUCUGAAGACGCUGACGUUCAAGUUUUUAUUCUUCACCAUCAUCAUGAUCAUCAUCCCAACAAGUCCAGCUGGCUUCGACAGAAACCACGAUCGCGAGGAAGAGCGUCGAAAUGAGCAAAGCUUCGAUCCAGAAGAACUGCUAAAAGUAAUGACGCAGCCAAGUUAUCUUCGAAACUCUGGAUGGGACAUCAUUUUUCAUCAAUUUUACUCGAAAACUAAUCUUCCGAAAAUCACCAUGGAUUACGACAAAGUGGAUCUCAACGACUGCUCCAAUGAAAACCUUCCAGCUCUCGCAGUUGUGUUCGCUUGGCAUCGGAAUGAGCGACAACAGUUAGAAAAAGUCUAUCAUGCCAUCGCCAUCGACCGCUAUGACGAGGACAAUGAACACUUCAUCGUCGCAGACACUGCCAACUGAAUCCAGCUCGAGCAGAAAUAUCUGCACAAAUGGGGCUAUAAGAUAAAGUUUCGUCGGGAGCAGAAUGCCGGACGGGAGAGUCCUGACAAUGAAAUGGAUGUCCAAAUGGAACUGAAUAGAACUGGACGAAUAUAUUCAGAGUCAAUUUUGACGGCUAAUACUCCGCCUGAGCUACUUCCAGGCCAGAGAACCCGAGAAAAUUCGCCGACUGGCUCUGUUCGAGCAGAGUCACCUGUCGACGACAAUCCGAAUCCACCGUUGAGGACAUACUUUCCUCCCAACUUCUUGAACGAGAUUAUGGAGAACAGCAAUGAAGGAAAAAAUCUAAAGCGCAGAAAUUCCAUUUAG